ACUAUCAUAUUACCCAAAAAAAAAAUGGUUAUAUAAUUGUUUCUUCUCAAAAUUCUUAUUACUAAUAAUAACUGAAAGAAAAAAAAAAUCUGUUUUACGUAUUUUCGUAAUUGAUAAUUGUACAAUCUCACCAUGUCGGUUUGUACUCGCCGGAUAAUCACCGGCGAAUUGUCGUCGCCGAUAGCAAGGUAUCAUAUUCCGGUAACAAAACUUCCAGCUGUCCGGUCACCGGAUUAUCUCUCUUCCACAUCUGUUCGUCAUUUCAUAAGCAAUACUCGCCGGCCGAACUCAAUUGUUAGCAGAUCAACGAGAACGAAAUUCUACGUAAUUGCGGUAGCGGAAUCGACCGGUGUGUUCCGCCGCGGCGGACGCGAUGGCGGAGAGAAUGGGGAAUGGAGGACGAGGAGGAGGUGUGCGGUGGGAGAUCAAGUUGUGGAGAUUAAUGAGAACCGGAAAAGUAGUAAUCGACUGGCGGAGGUGGCGGUUGCAGCGACGGCUACGGUGGUGCUAGGUGUAGGGAAUCGCGUGCUUUACAAGUUGGCGUUAGUGCCUUUGAAGAACUAUCCUUUCUUCUUGGCUCAACUUGCCACUUUCGGAUAUGUACUCGUAUACUUCUCUAUCUUAUACGUACGGUAUCAUACUGGCAAGAUUACUGAUGAAAUGCUUUCCCUUCCAAAAAUUCCAUAUGUUGCUGUUGGUCUAUUAGAGGCUCUUGCUGCUGCGUCUGGCAUGGCAGCUGGUGCUAUUCUUUCCGGGGCCACAAUUCCAGUACUCUCACAGAGCUUUCUUGUCUGGCAACUUCUCCUGUCUUUUAUUUUCCUUGGAAGAAGAUAUAGGCUCAACCAGUUGUUUGGGUGCUUUCUUGUGUCUGUUGGUGUUAUAGUAACUGUAGCAAGUGGAUCUAGUGCUGGUUCUUUGAUGGAAGGUGGUGUAUUUUGGAGUCUUUUGAUGAUAGUUUCUUUUUUGUUACAAGCUGCGGAUACUGUCUUGAAGGAAGUAAUAUUCCUGGAUGCUGCUAAAAGGCUGAAGGGAGGUACUGUUGAUCUGUUUGUUGUGAACUCUUUUGGAUCCGCUUACCAGGCAGUAUUUAUAUGCCUUCUCCUCCCAUUUUUGUCGAAGUUAUGGGGUGUUCCAUUUACUCAACUGCCAAAUUAUCUUAGAGAUGGUGCUGCAUGCUUUUUGAACAUCGGCACAUUAUCCAGUGGGUGUGCUGGUGCACCUCUUCUACCGCUUCUGUUUAUCAUUGUCAACAUGGGUUACAAUAUAUCAUUGUUACAUCUGCUUAAGAUCUCCUCUGCUGUGCUAUCUUGUCUCGCAUCUACAGUUUCAGUACCAAUAUCAGUCUUUUUAUUCACAUUACCAUUACCAUAUCUUGGCGUUGCGUCCUCCCUCCCACCUGGUUUCAUUUCAGGAGCCAUCAUCCUCGUCAUAGGAAUGCUUGUCUAUACUUGGAGGCCAUCAAGUCGCCUAAAAAAUCAGGAAGUUGAUUGCCACUGUUAACUGCUUGUCUAUACUUGGAGGCCAUCAAGUCGCCUAAAAAAUCAGGAAGUUGAUCGCCACUGUUCACAUUUGAGAAUGAAGAUAGGACACCAUUCUCCAACUUCCACAAGAAGUAAACGAGGGAUCAAGACAUGCAUGGUGAAUUGUUUUUCAGUUCUAGCCUUUCAAACCACUUUUCUGAAAAUCGUUAUCAAUCAAUGGAGGUUUGACAGGACUAUUGCUCAAAUCCAUUGCUCUUUUUAAAUGCAUGGAGUCUGUACCAUUCAUGUCCUUGUGAAUUUGUUCCGUUGCCAGAGUAAAGUUGGGUGCUAUAUAUCUAGAGGUACAGAAACAGGGGCUGAAGUAGAAGCUCAGAUGCGGGUGCAGGCAAACCCACUAGUUUUUUUACUCGUGUAUUUGUGUUACAAAAUUCAUUGAAUAUAAACACAUAAAAUUUUGAACCGAUCAUUAGCGCUUGAAAUUGUUGUCCUAAAAUUCAGCUUUUGGGCUGUUCUGCUGUUGUAAUUUUGUACUGUUAAUAUUCUAGUAGGAUUUUACUUAAAACUGUGUUUUAUAGCGACAUUCUAGAGGUUUUGACAAACUGUA